AAAAGUUGAAUCGAACUACCUUCGUCCCAAAAUACAUUACCGAUAAAUAAAAUUAAAUUGGGGCAGUUUCCUUUCCUUUUCCUGCUAGGUUUUUGCUAUUACUACGUAUAUCUCUACCACUAUAUAUAUCAUAUUCAUUCAUCUCCCGCUUCGUACACAGAAAUCUGAAAGAGAGCUUCGUACACAGAAAUCUGAAAGAGAAAAUUUGGGUUUUCCAUUGUACAGGUUGUUGAAGAUCGCGAUCCAGGAAAAUAAUGGCAUACAGUACAGAUUUUGACGAUGACCUAAUCAGCAAUCUCCCAGAUGAGCUUCUAUCUUCAAUCAUCACACUCCUUCCGGCGAAAGAAGCCGUAGCAACCACCGUCUUGUCUCGCCGGUGGAGCCACUUGUGGACGUCCCUCUCUCGCCUCGAUUUCGACCAUUUAAUUGAUCCAUUCGAAAGCAUUGAACACGUCGUCUCGUCUCAACAGGGUAAUGUCACCGUCUUCCGGAUUUGUCACUCUCCGGAAGACUGGCCGCGUUUGGCGAAAUUGAUCAAUCACCUCAAAGUGGACAAAGCCAUAGAAGAGCUCGGACUCACUUGGAUAGAUGAUGGGUACGAUCGGUGUCUUGACUCGUCUAUUUUGCCGGCGAGUUUCUUCCGGUGUGAAACUCUCCGUGCCCUAGAACUCAGUAAGUACAAGCUCCGUGCCGACAACUUAACUAUUGCGCCUGCUUUUCAAGGUUGUGUGAAUCUCACAACUCUAAAUCUCAACUCGAUCCGAUUAACCUCUGAAAUUCUUUUCAGAAUCACAUCCAACUGUAAAUUAUUGGAGAAUUUGAGCAUAUGUUCUUGUAGGGGAUUAGAUUAUCUUAAAUUUUUUUCGGACAAGCUGAAGUUUUUGAAACUCAGGAAUUUACAGGCAAACGAUGUGGAUAUAUGUGGCAAGGGUAUCACUGGACUAGUGUUUCAUAAUGUUUCUUGCUCCUCGAGAACUAUUUUUAUUCACUGCCCAAACCUCAAAGAAUUUCGACUUUAUUGUCAAAAUCUCACAUAUUCUCUGGUUCUCCAAAGAUGUUUUGGUCUCCUGAGAAGUAUUACUGAACAUGGAGGAGAAGCCUUUCUUUCUCUCCCGGAUUUGCGCUUGUUAUGCACUAAAUUAGACUUGAACAACAUGGAAGACGCCAUUUUACUCUCUUUAAUCUUCAGAUCGAGUGUCCAUCUACAAGAAAUCGACAUUAUAAAUCGGGCCAGAUCAAAUUCUAGAAACGUCCAACUUCCAUAUGACGAGUCUAUGUUUUGGGAAAAAACAGAAUUGUUCGAUAGUAUAACGCAUCACCUCAGGGUAGUUUGGAUAAGGGGUUUUGCAGGAAGAGAGAGAGAAAUGAGGCUUGCUUCUCAUCUCAUCCAGAAUGCUACUAUGUUGGAGAAAAUUGUGAUACAAUGCAACAAUAAUAAUUGUUCGGGACAUGGAGCACUCACCAUGAGAAUCUUGCAAUUGCUGCCAAAGGCCUCCUUAAAUGCUGCUGUAAUCCUGAAACCGCCCUCCAAGUUUAUAACCGAGGUUGGUGAUGAUUUUGAUUAUUGGGUUUCGACACGUCAAUGAUACUGUGUUGAACAUCACUGUUAAUUUCAAAAGUUAUAUUAUUUUCAUUAUCAUAUGGAUUAUGGGGAAAGAUACGUUAGUAUGAAAACUGUACAUGCCUAGUUGUUCUGCUAUUUGCGAGGUCAAUUUGAGAUUUGUUUUUGCAAGAGAACUGAAUAUUUAGCAAUAUGUAUGGGCUAAUCUUUGUAAUAUUUCUGGCUCUCGUUGCUUGCAUGCGGGAAGCAUUGGAAGAAAAUUGCAACUUGAAUUUCAUUAAUGUAUUUUGCACUUUCAACUUCUGUGACUGCACAUUUGCUGUGGACUAGAUAUGCUGAUUUAUUAUUAUUAUUAUUAUUCCAUUGGAUUUUGAAAUUUUCUUUUUUAA